UAAACUAGGCCUCUGCCACUACAACACAAACCACUCCUCUUACUACAACACUUACUGUAACUAUUAAACUUGGCAUUGUUGGAAACUAUGCCACGUUGCUAUCCAUUGAAGUACCCCUGUCUGCUUAGGAAGUAUGUGUUAGGAAAGUUAUUCCUAGCUGACAGUCCAGUUGCCCCCAUGAGAAUGGUUCCCAGAGUCAACUGGCCCCAUGUUGUUAACUUAGGAAACAGUAUCAUUGGGGUCAGCAUUUUGACAAUGCCCUUCUGUUUUCAGCAGUGUGGCAUCAUAUUAGGGACCCUGCUGCUGCUGUUCUGCACAUGGUUGACCCUAAUCUCAUGCCAGUUACUCAUGAAGGCGGGGAUCACAUCCCGCAGGAAAUCCUUUGAAUUUCUAGCGAAGCCACUUCAGUGUCAGCUUGUCUCACCUAAUGACGUUAUUUUCCUGCCGCUUCAUUCAUUCAUUCAUUCAUUCUUCUUCCUUCUCUUCUCCCCCUUUCCUCCCCACAGGCUGAUCGGUCUGCAGCUUGGUACCAUGAUAGCUCAGAUUGUGGUCAUCGGUGACCUUGGGCCGUCCAUCAUAUCCAAAUUCACCGGACUUGAGGUAAGUCCUUCAGUUCCAAACACUAUGAUCUUACUGUCUUUACCAAACCUGUGGAAGAACGACUGGGUUGUGCAGGUGAGGUAUUGGAGAUGGGAUGGCUUCUUCCAAUGUAUACCAAUCUUUUCACUGGCUUUUGGAUGUCAAACCCAGUUGUUCCUGCUUUAUGAUGAGCUUCCAGAACCUUCCUUCAAUGUCAUCAAUAAGAUUGUAAGCAGUGCUGUAAAUAUCUGCUCCGUUGCCUACCUUCUGGUUGGUUUUUUUGGCUACAUAGCAUUCUGUAAUAUCGAGAUUACAGGUGACAUAAUCAACAUGCUGGUCCCGACUUUCUUCACGGACAUGGUGAAGCUGAGCUUUGUCCUUUCCAUUGCUGUCACCUUCCCCCUCAUCAUAUUUCCCUGCCGUACCAGUCUUUAUACGAUGUUGUUCCCGAAGAGACCCAAGACCAGCGAUGGAUUUGAGAUGAGUCACCAGAUUCCCGAGUUACACUUCACGCUUAUCACGUUGGCCAUUAUUGUCGUUUCCAUGGUGAUAGGUAUUUCCGUCCCCAACGUGGAGUUUAUCCUGGGCCUUAACGGGGCCACCAUGGGAACCCUCAUCUGUUACAUUAUGCCAGCUCUGUUCUUUUUGAGGGUCAUGUCUGCAGCAUCGGAGGGCAAAGGCUUAUCCAAAUUUGUCCUCGUGGUCGGCGUGUUGAUAUUGCUGACCAGUACGUACACGACGCUCAACUCCCAGGACAAGAGCCACCAUGUGGAGCACCAACAGGAGAAACGAAUGAAGGACAACAUUGCUGCCAAAGACGCCGUCCAGGACAUCUUGGAAGGGGCCAAGCAUGCCCCUGCCAACGAUCAUGUUGCGGUCCUCGACAAACUGAACCACCACGUUGGUGGGGUCGAAGCUCUCUUAGGGGAUGGCCACCUGGACCCUGCUAAAGACAAGAACAAAGGUUGGCUUUCACUUGAUUACAAAAUCAUCAUAAUUAAUCCCCCAUCGUCAUUGUUUUCGUUUCCGUGUUUCAAUGCCUGCAUGCGACAGAUGGAGUUAACUGAGGUGUAAUAAUUUCUCCAAGCU